AGUAGAAGUUAGGGCGGGUAGGGGGCCUAGGUUUUGUAGAGUUGAGGAAAAGGAGAGCCUCGUCUUUAUUCGAGAUUUGACUGCCUCCAUAUAUCUCAACAAUUGAGUCCUCGCUCCACUCUUCAAUUUCAUGCUCGCUCUCUCUCUCUCUCUCUCUCUCAUUCAUCCUCUCCUUGUCCAUCCGCCCUCUAGGCAUGGGCUCCGAAAUGGUGGUGGAGAAGCCCAAAGUUGUGGUGGUGGGAGCCGGAAUGGCUGGCCUCACUGCCGCCAAUCAUCUCCAUCGCGCCGCCGGUUCUGCUGGGCUCCUCCACCUGACUGUCGUCGAAGGUGGCGCACGGAUUGGUGGUCGGAUCCGAUCCACUGAAUUUGAAGGCGAGCGCGUCGAGCUUGGAGCCACUUGGAUCCAUGGCAUCGGCGGCAGCCCCAUCUAUGACAUCGCCAAAAGGAUUGGCUCCCUCUGUUCUGACCAGCCCUCGGAGAGAAUGGAUGGGUUCCCGGAAAACGCAGUGACCCUAGCUGAAGGGGGGCGUGCCCCAAAUGUCUCCACCAUCGACAGGAUCGCCUCACUGUACCGCAAUCUCAUGGAUUUUGCCAAAGGUAGGCCUCUGCUUGAUGCCGAUGCAGAGGCCCUCGCGAAGGAAGCGGCGCGUGGUGGAACCCGAGGCAUUGGAGCCUUUCUGCGUCGAGGGCUCAGCCUCCAUCGAGGUACAGUGGCAGUCGGCGGGGAUGAGAUGUUAGAUGCAUUGUUUGCGAUGCACGAGUGCACUGAGAGAACAUACACAUCUGCAGAUGACUUGGGUGAGCUCGACCUCGCGGCGGAGCGGGAGUACCGUGAGUUCCCAGACGAGGAGAUAACCAUAGCCAAAGGCUACCGGACUGUCAUUGAUCACCUCGCAUCACAGCUGCCGCCGGGGUGCAUCCAGCUCCAGAAGCAAGUGGUAUGCAUCGAGUGGUCGCGCAGCAGCCGGCAUGGCAUGCCGGUGACUGUUUACUUUGGGGAUGGGAGCAGCAUGGACGCCCACCAUGUGAUCGUCACGGUCUCGCUCGGGGUGCUCAAGGAGGCGGUGCAGGGAGGCAUGUUCAGGCCUCCAUUGCCGCCUUUCAAAGAGUCAGCCGUUUCGAAGCUCGGGUUCGGCGUAGUUAACAAGCUGUUCUUAAGGGUUGAGCCCUCUGCUUGUCUUGACUCACUGAAACCAGCUUUCCCUUUCCUGCAAAUGGCUUUCAUGCAAGGGUUGCAGACGGAAGACGAGGAGGUGCCAUGGUGGAUGAAAAAAACAGCCUCUCUUUGCCCCAUUCACAAAACCUCUAGAAAUGUUCUCGCGUGGUUUGCCGGCAAAGAAGCCAUGGAAUUAGAGUCCCUCUCGGACGAAGAAGUCAUAAACGGGGUCUGCAAAACCCUCUCGAAGCUCGGUUUCGAGGUGAAUUCCAACGCCAAAAGCUUCGAGAUCAAGAGUGAAUUCGGUCACUUGAGUGGAAAAAUGGCGAAAGUGCUGAAGAGUGGGUGGGGUUCGGAUCCUCUGUUCCGGGGAUCGUACAGCUUCGUGAAGGUGGGCUCGAGCGGAGCAGAGAUGGACGCCAUGGCCGAGCCGUUGCCGAGGCCAGAGGAGAGCGAUGAGAGGCCAUUGCAGCUGCUCUUUGCAGGGGAGGCCACGCACAGGACGCACUACUCCACCACGCACGGUGCUUACUUCAGUGGCUUGAGGGAAGCAGACCGCCUCAUCAAGCAUUAUGGCUGGGGCCUUCACCCACCACCCUCUUCUUAGGCCUCUCUCUCUCUCUUUACUUUCUCUCUCAUAAACCAUUUUUGCUGGUUUCUCUGCAAUUUCUUUCUAUUUUUGGCUUUCGUGUUCUUCUUGUUUACUUCAAUCUUUAAAGCUUACAGCAAACCAAGGGUUAGAGGUCCCAUGGCCCCGCUC